GACUGUUAUUAUAGACUCAAAUCCUCGCUUCUUCUGCAUCGCCCAACGAAGAGGCCUUAUCAAUGGCGUCGAGGAUGAACUCUUCGCUGCAAACCGCUCUCUCUUUGUUAUACCCAUUGAAUUUUUCUAUGAGUCUUUAUCCAGUUUGUUCCAGACUAACCUUCAGAUUCUCCAAAAAAUCCGCCUUUUCGCCGUCUUCUUGUGGAAGCUCUUCGAGGGGAGCUCUCUGCUGUAGUUUCAGCAGCGGCGUCGAAGGAAAUGGUGUCCAUGGAGAUGGGUUCGAUGACCGUUUUGUCCUCACAACUCCGCUUUAUUACGUGAAUGCCCCUCCCCACAUGGGCAGUGCUUACACCACCAUUGCUGCGGAUGCCAUCUCUCGUUUCCAGAGGCUCCUUGGGAAGAAGGUAAUAUUUAUAACGGGCACCGAUGAGCACGGAGAAAAGAUAGCUACCUCGGCAGCUGUGAGUGGACGCAAGCCUGCCGAACACUGUGAUGUCAUAUCUCAGGCUUAUAAGACUCUGUGGAAAGCUCUAGAUAUAGCUUACGAUAAGUUUAUUCGGACCACCGAUCCCAAGCAUGAAGCGAUUGUAAAGGCGUUCUAUUCUAGGGUUUUUGCAAAUGGUGAUAUUUAUAGAGCUGACUAUGAGGGCCUUUACUGUGUCAACUGUGAGGAGUACAAGGAUGAGAAAGAGCUGCUUGACAACAAUUGCUGUCCUGUCCACCGAAUGCCGUGUGUUUCAAGGAAAGAAGAUAACUAUUUCUUUGCCCUAUCAAAAUAUCAGAAAUCACUUGAAGAUUUACUGUCCCAGAAUCCCAAUUUUGUGCAGCCUUCAUUUCGUCUGAAUGAGGUGCAAGGUUGGAUCAACAGUGGCUUGAAGGAUUUCUCCAUAUCUCGGGCAUCGGUAGAUUGGGGAAUUCCAGUUCCUAAUGAUGAGAAGCAAACCAUAUAUGUCUGGUUUGACGCUCUGCUGGGUUAUAUAUCUGCUCUAACAGAAGGCAAUGAGCAGCAUAAUUUGGAAAGUGCAAUCUCCUUAGGUUGGCCUGCUUCAUUGCACUUGAUAGGGAAGGAUAUUCUACGUUUUCAUGCCGUUUACUGGCCUGCCAUGUUAAUGUCUGCUGGCCUGAGCCUUCCAAAAACGGUGUUUGGUCAUGGUUUUUUGACAAAGGAUGGGAUGAAGAUGGGAAAAUCUCUGGGGAACACUCUAGAACCAUAUGAGCUGGUUCGGAGAUUUGGGUCUGAUGCUGUCAGGUACUUCUUCCUUCGAGAGGUGGAAUUUGGAAACGACGGUGACUAUUCAGAAGAUCGUUUUAUAAACAUUGUCAAUGCACAUCUUGCCAAUACAAUAGGAAAUCUCCUAAAUCGUACUCUGGGCCUUCUAAAAAAGAAUUGCCAAUCAACUUUGGCGGUAGAUUCCGCAGUUGCAGCCGAAGGAAACCCUUUCAAGGACACUGUAGAGAAGCUGGUUGAAAAGGCUCGGAAAAAUUAUGAAGAUCUGUCUCUAUCAUCAGCCUGCGAGGCUGUAUUGGAGAUUGGAAAUGCGGGGAAUUCAUACAUGGAUGAACGUGCGCCUUGGUCCCUCUUUAAGCAAGGGGGUUCUCCAGCAGAAGCUGCAGCCAAGGAUAUGGUAAUUAUAUUGGAAGCAAUGAGAAUUAUAGCAGUUGCUCUAUACCCCGUCACACCCGACUUAAGCUGGAGGGUAUAUUCGCAGCUCGGUUAUUCAGCGGAUCAAUUCAAUGGCACAACCUGGAAGGACACUGAGUGGGGAGGACUGAAAGGAGGACAGGUAAUGGCUGAGCCUAAACCCGUCUUUGCGAGGAUCGAAAUGAAGACAGAGGAAGAGGAAGGUGAAGGUGAGAACCAGACUAAGAAGAAGAAGAAGAACAAGAACAAAGCUGUGAAACCUAAUCAGGUACCACAAACACAAAAUGCAGCAGAAGCUUGAGAUGUAUCAUCCAUUUUUUGGCAUUCUUUGUUGCGAUGUUUCUGAGAAUCCGGAAUUUUUUUUUUUUUUUUUUUUGAAGAAUCAAACUGAUCAGUAGAGGUAUGUAAGUAUCCUCUUGUUAUUUGAUGAUUCUUGAUUCCUUUUGUUUGUGGCACUACCACUACCUCCA